CGUCCCUCCUCCUGCGGCGCCGGGGGAGGUCAGAGUCGGGGCGACCAGACCCCGCGGGGCAGAAGGAGCGCGAAGCCAGCGCGCAGCCCCUCGCCUGCCGCCCCGCGGCCACGGUGACCCGGGGACAGCGGGCAACAGAGCCCGCGGUACCGGCAGCGAGCAAGCAGCAGACGGGGUCGGCGCGCCCGGUCCCGGUUCCCGGCGGCGCCCGGAAGGUUAAGCUGAAACGGCUGCUCAGCUUCCAAGAUGGUGCCACCCAAACUGCACGCGCUUUUCUGCCUCUGCAUCUGCCUCACGCUGGUUCAUCCUUUUUAUUGGCAAGACCUAAAUCCUGUUUCCCAUAUUGAAUCAUCAGCGCGGGUCAAUAAACUACAAGCUCUGAUGGCUGCUGCAAGGUUUGGCCAAACUAAAAUCCCCAGAGGAAAUGGAUCUUAUUCCGUCGGUUGUACAGACUUGAUGUUCGAUUACACGAAUAAGGGAACCUUCUUGCGUUUGUAUUAUCCAUCCCAAGAUGACGAUCACUCUGACACCCUUUGGAUCCCAAACAAAGAAUAUUUUUUUGGUCUUAGUAAAUUUCUCGGAACACACUGGCUUAUGGGCAAAAUUUUGAGCUUAUUCUUUGGUUCAAUGACAACUCCUGCAGCCUGGAAUUCCCCUCUGAGGACUGGGGAAAAAUAUCCACUAGUUAUUUUUUCUCAUGGUCUUGGAGCAUUCAGGACAAUUUAUUCUGCUAUUGGUAUUGACCUGGCCUCUCACGGGUUUAUAGUUGCUGCCGUAGAACACAGAGAUGGCUCUGCAUCUGCGACUUACUAUUUCAAGGACCAGUCUGCUGCAGAAAUAGGAAACAAGACUUGGCUUUAUCUUAGAACCCUAAAACGAGGGGAGGAGGAGUUUCCUCUACGAAACGAGCAGGUACUGCAACGAGCAAAGGAGUGUUCUCAAGCUCUCAAUUUGAUUCUGGACAUUGAUCGUGGGAGACCAGAGAAGAAUCUAUUAGAUUUAGAGUUUGAUGUGGAACAGAUGAAGGACUCUAUCGAUAGGGAUAAAAUAGCGGUUAUUGGACAUUCUUUUGGUGGAGCCACAGUUAUUCAGAGUCUUAGUGAAGACCAGAGAUUCAGGUGCGGUAUCGCCCUGGAUGCAUGGAUGUUUCCAGUGGGUGGUGACGUAUGUUCCAGAAUUCCUCAGCCCCUCUUUUUUAUCAACUCGGAACGAUUCCAAUAUCCUUCUAAUAUUAUAAAAAUGAAAAAAUGCUACUUACCUGAUAGAGAAAGAAAAAUGAUUACAAUCAGGGGUUCAGUCCAUCAGAAUUUUGUUGACUUCACUUUUGCAACUGGCAAAAUAAUCGGCUACAUAUUCACACUGAAAGGAGAAAUAGAUUCAAAUGUAGCCAUGGGUCUUAGCAACAAAGCUUCCUUAGCAUUCUUGCAAAAGCAUUUAGGACUUCAGAAAGAUUUUGAUCAGUGGGAUUCUUUAAUUGAAGGGGAAGAUGACAAUCUUAUUCCAGGAACUAACAUUGAUGCAACCAACCACCAUGCCACCCUGCAGAACUCUACAGGAAUACAGAAGCCGAAUUCAGAUUAAAAGAACUUUUUAAAAAGUCUUGUUUAAAAACUGUCUAAAAGUGUGUGUGUGUGUGUAUGAUUUUAAUGUAUUUUCUCAAAUAACUCAUAUUUGAAAAUGUAGGCUAUACCACAAUAGUGAUUGAAGCUUGGAUUAAGAUUUUUUUCCUUUAAAUGUAAAGAAAGACUGCUACAUAUAAAAAUCAUACCAGCCUAAAUUUUAGUUUUACUAAAGUGAUCCUUUCUCGGUGUCACAAUAAAAAACUGAUUUUACAUUACUUUAAUGGACAAGUAUAUUAAAACAGGCAUCAUGCCAUUGAAAAUGUGUUACAAUGACCUAACACUCCCUAAAAACAUAAUAAAAACAGAUUUUCUUGCC